AUCAAUCAUGCCUACCGCCUACAAUUCUCGUCCUUACGACAUUGUUGUCUUUGGUGCCACUGGUUUUACGGGUACUUAUACGGCAGAGUAUUUACUUGGAAUAGGAGACAAGACUAUCCGAUGGGCAUUAGGUGGUCGUAGUCUUGCCAAACUUGAAAAAGUGAAGGAGAGGUUGAUAAAGUUGGAUGAGUCUGCAAAGGCACUUGAUCUUCUUAUAGCUGAUACAGAUGAUCCACUUUCUCUGGACACCUUGUUAUCAAAGACACGUGUUAUUAUCAAUCUAGUCGGUCCAUUCACAAAGUAUGGCACUCCAGUAGUAGAAGCAUGCUUGAGACAAAAGACGCACUAUGUUGACAUAACAGGCGAAUACACUUGGAUUCGUCAGAUCAUUAAACGCUUUCACGAAAAGGCCGAAGCCGAAAAUAUUAUGAUUGUACCCACCUGCGGAUUCGAUUCUGUUCCAAGUGAUUUGGGUACAUUCAUGGUUGUGGAGCAUUUGAGAAAGCAGCAUGGAUUAGCUACAGAAAGUGUAAAAAUGUCAGUAGUAGACAUUUUUGGCGGUCUCGCAGCCGGAACCAUCCAUUCCGGGUUAACCGUUAUGUCAGACAGAAGCAUCACUGGUCCUCAAUCGGUUGAUCCAUACUUAUUAUCAUCCUCGCGUGGACAGGCCAAACCUUCGCUGCCAUGGCCACAUCGUGACAGAGACUUUCAUGGACUAUGGCAGACAUUUUUCAUUAUGUCGGUUGUGAACGAAAAGAUUGUUAUGCGUAGUUGGGAUAUUCAGCAUAAGCGUGGCAAAGACUACGGGCGUUUAUUCACCUAUCAUGAGACCCAAUCUAUGCCAUUUAUCCAGGCUAUGCUUUUCUCAGUGGCCUUCUUCGUACUGCUACCACUUAUAAGUCUAUUGACCAAAUCUCAAUUUUGUCUCGAAAAGAUUCAGCAGAUGUUGCCUGAUAGUGGAACAGGACCUACACCUGAGGAGCGUGCAAAGGGAUAUUCGUCGAUUGAGUUUUUGGCUACAGCAGAAACACAGCCAUACGAGGAUCCAGUCCAAGUUCGAGGAAUUGUCAAAGGCUUUGGAGAUCCUGGUUAUUCUGAUACUUGCCGCAUGGUUUCAGAAUCUGCCUUAUGUAUCAUCAAAAGCUUAGACACGCUUCCAGGAAAGCAAGGAGGUAUCCUUACACCAGCCACUGCCUUCGGAAAUGUACUUUUAGACCGUUUGAGGAUCAACAAUGGAAUGCUUUUUGAAGUCAAAGAAGUCUCUAACCCUUAAUAAUAAACUAAUAUUUUCUUGUAUUUUACCUCAAUAUUAUUCAAUAAACAUAGCAGCCUAGAUUUCUUGAGAGUUUUAGAAU